AUGGGUGAAGGCUUCAAUGUAUACACAGGAAGAGGUGGUGCUGGAAACAUAGUUUCUUCCUCUGAGAAACCAUCUCCAAAAAUUGUGCCCCAGGGCUCUCAAACUCCGAGUUUGUUGCAGCCUGUAUUUAGCACAGGAAGAGGCGGUGCAGGUAACAUGCGCAAGAACGUGGAUAAAAACCUGACACGUAAGGCUCAAGACGUUGAAGAUUUCAUACCGCCCGUUGACGAAAACGACCGUUCCUUGAAUUUGGACUCAGGUCUUGAAUCUACAAAAUCUCCAAAAUCUGACAGUGCUCGCCCACAACGAAGUGGAAGAGAUUCUUUGAAAGCCAAGAGUAGUAGGCCAGAAAAUCUUCCUCCUCAAAGUGUAAGCAUCGGAAGAGGCGGUGCAGGAAACAUUCUGUCACCUUCAAAUAGCCGAAAAUCCAAAAGUGGAAGUAAGGACCAAAAGCGAGCCCACAAGACGAGCUUUUGGCACAAUGUCAAAAGUCUCUUCAAAUAA